AUGAACGAUGUUCAAGAGACAUUUUUUUCUCUCCAGGAGAAGGAAGAUCAAUUGUUUGAGAAUUCAAGAAAUCCUGAAAGACAAAGCAGGGGAUCAGGCUCAGAAUCUACUCGAAGAAAUCUCGACGAUAGAGGAUCACCUUUAUUUGGAGCACCAAUGCCAGGUCGAAAUGAUUCCACCAGGCGGCACCACGGGUCUCCUGAUGGAUGGCGGGAUAGAGCCAGAGAUCGGGAUGAUGGUAGGACACGUGAACAUUUAUAUCGUUCCCCGUCCCCCCCUUAUGUAUCAAAAUCCUCUGCUUCGUAUCCUUCAUCGAACCGGAGAUAUCCGGUUAUUGACGAGCCAGCACCCCGUCAACGGGUUGAAGCUUUGUUUGGUGCCCCACCGCCACCGCCUCAGCUCGUUCCAUUCGAUGAUCUAGCGCGAACAAAUACCCGUCUACCCGCCGGAGAGACUAACCCUUUAUUUGUGGCCCCGCCACCGCCAAAUAUAAGUUCACCGUCCCCGCCGCCCACUGUGGGAAUUGGUAAUGAACGGGAUCCAGCCUGGAAACAGUUUGUAGAACGAGAGAAACUCAAGGAGGAACUUUUUAAACAAUGGGAAGCAGGUCUUAUCCUGCCCAGCAGUCAACAACCUACAUCUCAAAGACAAGAUUCAAUUCGCACAACCGGCGGUCAUUUGAUGUCAGGUGGACUAGGAGUAGGACGAGGAGGAGUAGGAAUAGGAGGAAUAGGACUAGGAAGAGGCCUAAUAGGAAUAGGAGGACAAGGAGGAAUAGACCCAUCAGGACCUGAAGGAGUAGACCCUUCGACACCACUAUUUGGACGCGAUCCUGGCAUGAUGGGAUUUGGUAGAGAGCUCCCUGGGAUGGGAAGAGAGCAGCUCGGGAUUGGAAGAGAGCAGUUUGGGAUCGGAAGAGAUCAGCUCGGAAUUGGAAGAGAGCAGCUAAGGAUGGGAAUGGAGCACCUAGGGGUGGGAAGGGAGCUACCUGGAUACUCAUCCAGCUUGGAGGGAGCAGGGAUGGGAUAUGGAUUGGGAUCUGGGAAUAGACUGGUUGGAUCUGGAAACAUGAUGGAUAAUAUUCUCAAUAUGGUGAUGGACACCGGUGUCAGAAAUCCAUCUCAGUCCAACAUUGAGUUCCUGCGUACACCUGAAAUGCGUAAUUUGUUGCGCAAAAUAUUCAAGGGCCUCCAACAUUGA